AUGUCUACCGUAAAUGCUCCCUGUUGCACCCGUCUGUCAAAUGCAACCACCCAGCCUGGCCAGAUAGUGCUCGAUGCACAGGUCAAGAGGCGUACCAAGGCGCAAAAGAAUGCUGAUGACCUUGCCCUCAAGGAAGCAAAGGAAGCACAGACCCAAAAGGGACUGGAGCGCCUGGCCGGUAUGCAAAAUGAGAUGGAACAGGCGCAGGAGGAAUUACUCACCAAAAAAACGGCUCCCGUUCAGCCUAAGCCAAGGGCUCAUAAGGUGACAAAGCUUGUAGUAGGGAAUGGUAAUAAUCAUACUGGCAGCCUAAUGGAUGCUGAUGAGGCAGACAGCCACCAGGAGGCUGUCAAGAACAUGGGGGAUGAAACUGCAGGAGCAAAGAAGAGGGUAAUGAAGAAAGGUGGAAAGCCAUUGAUAAGGGACGCUAUCAGCAACAUGCAAGGCAAGAUCAGCGAAGCAUCAUCGAAAGUGGAAGGUGAUAAUGCCAUGACACGUGUAUCUGAUGGGAAAGAUGCACCAACACCACAUAUCAAUGCGAGCACCCAGAAAAUUGCUUUAGGUGGGCGGAUGUCCAGCUGUGUUUCACGUAUCAAAAAAUCAGAGUCAAGGUCACAGCGGGCACCCACUGGCAGCACUUCAACUCAAGCGCCUCCAACAACAAUUUUCUCACAAGGCACUGCCUCCACUAUGGCGACUUCUGAUCUACAGGUCCCAAUUCGGAAGCCUGUGGCGAAUGCUCAAAUUCCAGAUGCAGAAGUCCUUAUUGGAAGCUUUGCAGAUGACAUCGACGAUACAUUGGAGUGUGAGGCUACUAUUGCACAAAGCAAAGGGAAAUCCAAAGUUGCCUCCAUCUUUGAUGACAACUCGGCUCCAUUUACACAGGUGGACAACCCUCUCAAGCAGAAAGCUUGUGUGGAUGAGCUCAUAAAUGACAACAAGGAGUCUAUUGUGUCCGAGUGGUCCAUGGACAUUGAAGGCCCGGAUCUUGAAGAUGCGAUCAAGAUUUCAGACGACGCUCCUGAGCCCGAACCUGUGGUAGUGAAGAAGGAGAAGGUUCAGUGCACAACAUCUUUGACAUCUGUAUCUGUUGCGGCUUCUGUCGCUGACAGCCAGCCGCCUGCUCAGAAAAAGGUCAAAGUCAAGCCAUCCACCACACGUGCCAAUGGUGCUCCUGCCAUCAAACGCCAGCUGAACAUGGAUACUACGCCAGACCACAUGAAACCUCAUGGCACCUAUCGCAAUGUUGACUUACCUGCCACGAUGCAGGUGGACCAAUGCUGGACGAAGAAAUAUCUCCCCACUGUCAUGUUGUGGGCUGGGAGUUACGACGAUAUCUGGAAUAUCCCAGAUGAAGUCCUUCUCCUUCAUGCCCAGCUGAUUUUUAAUGCAGUAUACAAGGACCUCAACAUUACCAUUGUUCACGGUGGUGUGAUACAUUCCCUGACUGCACAGCUUGAACUCGCCAAAUCAUUGAUUGCAGGUUAUGCAUUCUUGUUCGAGGACCCUGAAAAGCCAAGUCCCCUCAUGACAUAUUGUUCUCCCUUCGUUUUACAGUUGUUAGGCACAGCGCAUCUCAAUGCCAUCAAUGGGUAUGUGGAGGUUCCCAGACUUGAUACAUGUGCGCUCACGACACAUGGGAUGUUGGGUGUUAUUGCCCUUUCUGCUGCAGCAGAUUUGGAAGUCAACCAAGUCUUGGCGUCUAGGUUGCGAGGUAAACUUGCCCUCAAGCUACCGAAAGUCCUCAACAAAACUACUGGGAAGAUGACCAAUGCCCCAUUCUUAUUUUCAGGGGCUCACUGGACUAAAGCCACUACCUUGUUCAUUAAGUCUAUCAUGAGCAAGCCUGCUGGGUAUGUAGAGACCACGGUAGAGAUGGCACGUGCUUGCAGUGCUGCCUUAAACAAUGCGAUGGACACACCACAUGGCUCGCUUGAUGAUGAGGAGUCUGAGGACGAUGAGCGUGCUAUGCUUUGUAAGUGA